GUUUGCGUGCCGAAUGGAGCUGCUGUUUGGAGGGUGCGUGCUAGUGGUAGUCACUCUCACGCUUGGUAUCGGCCUGGGAGUGGGUCUGAGCUGUGAGGGGAAGUUCCGCUGUGGAACAUCAUCCCGCUGCAUCAGCAUCUCGGCUCAGUGUGAUGGAAUUGUGGACUGUGAGGAAGGCGAGGACGAGCUCAGCUGUGUGAGGUUGAGUGGGAAGAGUUCUGUGCUGCAGGUACGUAGUGAAGGGGAGUGGAAGACAGUGUGCUCUGAUGAAUGGAACUCUGCCCUUGGCGUUUCCGCCUGCAAACAACUGGGCUAUGCCAGAUACGUGGAGUCCAGCUCCCUUCCCUGUUCCUCCAUAGAGCAGGACUUCCAGAACAAUCUGAUCUCCAUCAACAUAAACCGUUCUGGAUUGCAGCAGGCCAUUAAGAUCCAUAAUGCCAGCCACCUCAGUAAGACCCAAUGCAGCUCAGGCAGGGUGACCACAAUAAAAUGUCUAGACUGUGGCACCAGGCCUCGCUUUAGCAGACGUAUUGUAGGGGGUAACGUGUCUGCAUCAGGUCAGUUCCCCUGGCAGGUGAGCCUGCACUUCCAGAAUGAACAUUUGUGUGGAGGUUCAAUCAUAACGUCUCAAUGGAUCCUAACUGCUGCUCACUGUGUGUACGGGUUUGCAUACCCUACCCUGUGGGCAUUGCAUGUAGGAUUGAUAGAGCAACCAGUCAACGGAGCUCAGGCUUUGGCUGUGGAGAAGAUAAUCUACCACGAUCGCUACCGCCCAAAAGGCCUGGACUAUGACAUUGCUCUGAUGAAAUUGGCAGAACCACUGAUAUUUAACGGUUAUGUUGAGCCUAUCUGUCUGCCUAACUUUGGGGAGAAUUUUGAAGAUGGAUUAAUAUGCUGGAUCUCAGGAUGGGGGGCCUCGGAGGAUGGAGGCGAGGGCAGUGUUUCGAUGCACUCUGCCCGGGUCCCCCUCAUCUCCACUAAAGUGUGUAGUCAGCCAGGUGUCUACCAAGGCUUCAUCUCCUCCUGGAUGAUUUGUGCUGGCUAUCUUGAGGGAGGAACAGAUUCCUGCCAGGGGGACAGCGGUGGUCCUCUGGCCUGUGAAGAUAUGGCAGUGUGGAAGCUAGUGGGUGCCACUAGCUGGGGGCAGGGCUGUGCGGAGAGGAACAAGCCAGGGGUAUACACCCGCAUUACUCAGUCCCUAUACUGGAUCCAUCUACAGAUGGAGGUGAGUCGGGAAGGGGAGACUUAA